UCACACUCCAUACAUAUUUGUAACAUUGUUUACAGAGAGAUUAAUAACAUCGUAGUUGGUUGUGAAAACGAAAAAAUAUGUGAAUUACGUAUAUAUAGGAGCAAUGAAUUGUAUUGUUUUUAGAAAAAAUACAAUUAGGAAUCCUUCAUAGCACAUGUAUGUUAAACUAACUGCAAAACGAAAAACAAACAUUUUAACAAGGCCUGUUACAGUGAUCUGUGAACAGGACACUAGUAUUAAAAUAUGGAAUCUUCAGAAAUGAAGACAGUCAGAAGAAGUGAAAGGAAUAUUAAAAUUCGUCAGCUAUAUUCACCAGAACCAUCUUCAUCAAAGACAAAAAACAGAGCUACAAAGAAAGUAAACAGGACUUUUAGAUAUGUGUUACCAGAAAUAGUUACACAAGAACAGUACACAGAAGUCAGUGGAAAACCCUUUUGCUGUGAUAUUUGCAAGUCACCCUAUGUUAUACAUCCACAUAGGAAAAUAAAAAGGAGAAUAAGAAACCUUCCAGCUCCUCGUCAUCAUUUGGACCCAGAAACAAAUAAAAAUUUAAUCUUGUGUAAUGCCUGUGGUUUAGCAAUAAAAACUAAAAAAUCAAAAAGGCCCAAAAAAGACAAAAUUAUUCCAUCUCCAGAAGAAAAGGAGAAGUACUUAAGAGAAGCUCAGGCAUUUGCUCUUUCUCUUGUGGAAGUGCUUAGAGAUCAAGAUGCUGAACGGCUCUUCUGUCCAGAAUUUAAACAGCAACCUUGUGCAUGCUUGCAGAAGUAUAUAAUUGGUGGAGGUGAUACAGAGAGACCAGAACUAAAAGCAGGACAUCUUCUUCACCUUUUGAAAGAGGCAAAACAGUUGAGCAGAUUAAAGUGUUACACAGUUGAGCAGAAUAAUGGAAAACAAAAGAAACGACCUGCACACAAUGUUGGUCUUGGAAAUGGACAAAAAAGAAGUGUGAAAUUUGAAGAAUUUGUCCUGCAGAAACGAAACUACCUGAAACAUAGUUUAGGGCUGUGUGAACGUGCAACACAGCGCGUUCUCAUGUACUCCAAUAAUUUUCUGCACAAGAGAUUAAAAACCGAGCCUGAGAAAGGGCCACGAGUUGAGAGGAAAAAAGGAAAAGCUGCUCUUGGUCUUUUAAAGCCAGUCACAGAUCUGGCAACAGAAACAUGUUGUCUCAAUUAUUGUAUAUUGAUGGCAAUAUCUCAUGAGCUUUUGCUGGAAGAAUGGAGAGAACGAGCCAAAUCAGGACAGGCUGAGGCGCGAAGAGUUCUGGCUGAAAUGCUUACUCCCUCUGGCGGUGGAAGAACAAAUUGUUACAAGUUUAUUUCGAUGGUUACAGGAUGUAGUUACACUACUAUUACAAAGGUCAAUGAUCAGAUGAGGCGAACUGGUGGGAACCGGGAACCACCUGAACAUGGGCUCAAACGAAGGUGGCAGUCAGAAACUCAAGAAAAGGUUAUUGAUGAAGCAAAUUUAGAAAAAGAUGUGGAUAAGGCCGAACAGCAAGGAACUGAAUCUUUAGCACGUCCUUCCAACAACGAAAUAAGCAAAACAACCACUUCAACAAAUAGUCAGGUCCCUGUGCCAUUUUCUGAUGGUAAACAUGCAGGAAACUCUCAACAAAAUUCUAAUGUUCAGGUAUUUCUAACACUUGAUCCAACUUCUAGAGAGCAAACAGUUAUUCUUUCUCCACCAGAGGGCAGUAUAAAUCUUCCAACAAAUUUCCAAGUUUUUUCUCCCCAAGAUACAAAUUAUCAACCAUUUAGAGAACCUUUACCACCAUAUCCAGAGAGGCCAGAUGAGAACCUGAGUACAGAAGUUAAUAAAGUCCAGCAAGCUGAUCCGAACUCACCUAACCCUAUAAACACAGCUACGGAUACUUGUCCACUUGUAGUACCCACAGCACAGAGCUGCAACUCUCAGUCUACAACUACUCUGUCUGUUCAGGAUCCUCUAUUGCCUAGUACUCAACCUGUUCACCAGCUGGUGCUAGAAGGAAUCCAGAGAGACCACUUUGGAACACAGUUCCUUAAUGCAGGGCUUGGUAACAUCAUCAUCAUACAUUCAUCACCUUCUCACAGUCAGCCAUUUGAAACAUCAGUAGGUCUUCCAGCCUCAUCGUUGAAUCAAGAUGGAUUAGAAAAUUCCAGCACAGGAGAAUUACGAUUUAUAUCUAAUCUGCAGAAAUCUUCCCAUACUGGUGAUAUUAGUAGUUCAUCACCUGUAUUGUCUAGUUCUACAGUCGACCCUCAGGAACAGACUCUGUCUCUCCACGUUAAUGUAAACCCAAGCAUUUCAUCUUUACCCUCUUGUAACGUCUCGCAGCUUAAAAUUCCUCUUCAUCCUCCUCCUUCCUAUGUUCAACACACUGCAGCGGCUGUUGCAACGGGUAUUGGCAGUUCAACACAGCUCUCAGUUCCCCUUGGCUAAGUAACUGUUAAAAUUAACUUCUGUAUCCCUAGUUUAGUGUUGAGAUCCAUGGUCAUUAAGUCUACCAAUUUUAUACUCUUGUUUUCAUUAAAUUAAUUCUUCAAAAUAAAGACGUUUCUCUCUCUCUUUGUCUGCCACCAAAGUAAUUAGGUGAUAUUAAAAGAGUACAUAGAUUUAAUAAUUAGCUUCUUCUAAAAGAUAAAGAAUAGUUUGAGUAUAUAGUCAUUUUCACAACAUUAGGCAUGUACAGAUAAUUGGGAUUGUCACUGCAGGAAUAAUUUCCAAUACAUUAUUUUUAGCUUUAAAAGUUGAGGUAUAGUAAGAGUUUUUUUUAAAGUUCAUUACAUAGUUGAAUAUAGUUAAAACUGAGUUAGAGAAACAAAACUAGCACUAACAAAUAGUUUGAUAUUUAAUGUAUCUAGCUUGGAAAGAAUUUACAUUGAUAAACUAUUAUUAGUCUUAUGACUGAGUUCUUGUAAUAAAAUUGUGACUGAGUUGCAAACCUAA